AUGGAACCACGCAGAUAUGAAGCAGAACACAAGGACCCUGCCCCCUUGGGCAAGCCGCUCGACUUCGUCUUCUCCAAGAAGACCGCACAGAACCGAUUCCUCAAGGGUGCCAUGACAGAGCGCCUCUCAUCCUGGGACCCCAAGAACCUCGAAGCUCGUGGUGUACCAUCCAAGAACCUCGUCAAUGUCUACAAGCACUGGGGGAAGGGAGAGUUUGGAGUGAUACUCACCGGCAACGUCAUGAUCGAGUACGACCACCUAGAAGCUGCCGGUAACCCCAUCAUCCCCCGUGGAGCCCCCUACGAGGGCGAGCGCUUUGAAAUGUUCAAGGAGCUCGCAACAGCGUCGAAGGAGCACGGCUCUUUGAUCGUAGCCCAAGUCAGCCACCCCGGCCGUCAAGUCACGGAAACCAUCCAAAAGAAACCCAUCUCCGCCUCAGACGUACAACUACAAGGCAACAUCAUGGGUAUGACUUUCGCUAAACCACGCGCCGCAACCGAGCAAGACAUCAAAAACGUCAUCGAAGGUUUCGCCCACGCCGCCGAAUACCUCGAAAAAGCCGGCUAUGAUGGCAUCCAACUCCACGGCGCCCAUGGCUACCUCCUCGCACAAUUCCUCUCCCCAACCACCAAUCACCGCACAGACGCCUACGGCGGCAGUCUCGAGAACCGCGCACGUCUAAUCGUCGAAAUCGGCCAAGAAAUCCGCAAACGCACAUCCCCCAACUUCAUCCUCAGCAUCAAGCUCAACUCCGUCGAGUUCCAGGAUAAGGGCUUCGGCACCGCGGAAGCAGGUACGCUGUGCAAGAUGCUAGAGGAUAAUAGCUUCGACUUUGUCGAACUAUCAGGUGGAACAUACGAACAACUCGCCUUCAGUCACAAGCGCGAAUCCACCAAAAAGCGCGAAGCCUUCUUCCUCGAGUUCGCAGAGAGUAUCACACCCUCACUCACCAAAACGCGUACCUACGUCACCGGUGGUUUCAAAACCGCUGCCGCUAUGGUCGACGCCCUCAAUACCGUCGACGGCGUUGGUCUCGCCCGCCCCGUGUGCUUGGAACCUGAGCUCCCGCGUCAGAUUCUCAGCGGCGAGGUGCACGCGGCGAUUAACCAGUUGACAGAUGACAACGACUUUGGGGCCACGAAUGUGGCUGCCGGCACGCAGAUUAGGCAGUUGGGCAAGGAUCAGAGGCCGAUUGAUCUUAGUGAUGAGAAGAUGCAUGAGGCGUUUCAGAAGGAUAUGGGGGCUUGGGCGAAGGGGUUUGAGGAGGAUAAGGAGGGCGGCAAGUAUGGGUAUGUGGAUAUUGUUAGUGUGGAGAGUGUACCUUAUGGAGGUGCUGCACCGGCUUCUUAG